UCAAGGCAUGCGCGAGUUUCCCCUCGGUUUGCCCGGCCGCUCAGGGGUGGUCACCUGGCCCAGGCUGGGAGCCAGGUCUGAUACAGCAAGCUGGCUUGCCAGAGUUGGUUGCAGCGUGUUCGAGUUCCGGCUGCGAGCCCUCGGGGACUAGGGCAGCAAGUUCCAGCUUGCAGAAAUGAGAAGCGAGUCCCAGGGGAGUGCGAGACGCAGCGAGACCGGGUGCGCGCCUAGGCGCGUGCCCCGCCACGGCGCAGGGGGAGGGGAAGUCGCCGCAGCCACUCAGAGGCACGAUAGUGAAGCCUCCCAACAACUUUAACUGUCAAUCAGACUUAAUGGGGUAUUAAAAAAAAAAAAAAAAAAAAAAAGGAGGGGGCGCCCUUUCGGUCCACGCCGCAGCUGCCCCGCGGACGAAGUAAUAGGGCGGUGCAGACUAGGGCGUCCUAUCCACGAGUGCUCCACAGUACGGGCCCGACCAAGUUGGAAAGAACAAAAAAGAAGGCAAUAAAUACUAAAGGGGAGGGGGGAAGAGAGGGAGCCACACCGAGCGGCAACUCCCAGCCCGGGCUGCAAGAGAGGGAGGAGGGAACCGGAGAGAGCGGGCGCGCGCGAGGGCGAGCUGUGCACGAGAAGAAACUGACACCCGGACCCCCCACUUCUCCUGCACGGUGCUGGCAAUCAGAUCGCGUUUAAGCAAUUUCCUGAGCCCAAGAAUAGCAAUGAGUCGGGAGACUUUCGCGGACUGAAAUUGGGAGCUGCAAUCACUCCCCAGGUUUUGUGUGUGGUGUUUUUGUGUGUGGUUUUUUCCCCCCUUUCUUUUUCUGGAGAAAGUUGGAGGGGGGCGCUACAAUUGGGAAACAGCUUUUUUGUUUGUUUGUUUUGUUAAUCUUGCACUUUGAAACCGCGGACUGUAGCUGUGUGCGCGCUGUGGUUGGUGCUUUUUUUUUUUUUUUUUUUCGUCCCUGGCCUUGCCUAAACUCUUCUGUCGGUCUGUAAACAUUACCUGUGAAUUUCCCAGCCGAAACGGCUGUUGGGGCAAGAAACUUCUUGUUAAAACUUCCCACCCCUUGGACUCUCCACAGCCCCUCUCACCGUCCCAAUCUUCUGAGACGCUUUUUACCUCUCCGCCAGAGCAGAGUUUAUCUUUUUUUUCUUUUUCUUUUUUUUUUCUUUUUCCUCCCAUUUUUCCUCGCCCUGUCCUUUACAUCUGAAAGGAGAUCAGUUCAAGAGUGACCAGGUGGGACGCCUCCUUUUCCUUAUUUAGUUUAUUAUUGUUUGGGGGAGUUUUCUUUCUAUCUUUUUUUAAUUCCUGUCCGGGGAGUUUUGUCCACCGCCUCCUACCACCUCCCCCUGUACCCCGCUCCUCCGCGCGGAGGAUGGUGUGGAAAUGGCUGGGCGCGCUGGUAGUGUUCCCUCUGCAAAUGAUCUAUUUGGUAACCAAAGCAGCCGUGGGAAUGGUGUUGCCCCCCAAGCUUCGGGACUUGUCGCGGGAGUCAGUCCUCAUCACCGGCGGUGGGAGAGGCAUCGGACGCCACCUCGCUCGGGAGUUCGCAGAGCGUGGCGCCAGAAAGAUUGUUCUCUGGGGGCGGACUGAAAAAUGCCUCAAGGAGACGACAGAGGAGAUUCGGCAGAUGGGCACAGAGUGCCACUACUUCAUCUGUGACGUGGGCAACCGGGAAGAGGUGUACCAGAUGGCCAAAGCUGUCCGAGAGAAGGUGGGUGACAUCACCAUCCUGGUGAACAAUGCCGCUGUGGUCCAUGGAAAAAGCUUGAUGGACAGUGACGAUGAUGCCCUCCUCAAGUCCCAGCAUGUCAACACCCUGGGCCAAUUCUGGACCACCAAGGCCUUUUUGCCACGUAUGCUGGAACUCCAGAACGGCCAUAUUGUGUGCCUCAAUUCCGUGCUUGCACUGUCAGCCAUCCCUGGCGCCAUCGACUACUGCACGUCAAAAGCAUCAGCCUUCGCCUUCAUGGAGAGCCUGACCUUGGGGCUGUUGGACUGUCCUGGUGUCAGCGCCACCACCGUUCUGCCCUUUCACACCAGCACCGAGAUGUUCCAGGGCAUGAGAGUCAGUGGCUGGGAUGGCAACAAAGGACCCUGGGAAGUGGCCAGAAGAAGCCUGCUCAGCUAGCCCAAUUCCAGCUGUACCUCAUACUGAUGACGUUUCUCGGACACUCAGUUCCCUGUCUAUAAAAUGGGUUUACAGCUCAUUUUCAAGGAAGGUUGCUGGGAAGGCCAUAUGCAGCAAUAGGAGUGGAAAGGGGAGCGUCUAGGGGUGUGGCUGGAUGGUAGAAUAAGUCAGUGACUGUGAAAACAACGAUGGACACCUGAUACAGCGACUCUUGCUGGAUGGAUGCCUACCUGUUAUAGGUCCCAUCACCAUCCUCAGGAGACUGCUGAGAUGGCUACAGGACAGAUCCAAGACUCUUUUUUCCCUCCCCUUUUUCUUUCAGAAAAGAGGAGUUAGUUAAAGCAUAGGUCUUCCAGACAAACCCUCCACUCUCUCUUGCAGUGCUCACAAAGCAGACAGAGCCACUCAAUUCCACAAGGCUCUUCUAACUUGUGAAGUAGGGGGUUCUAUGGGCAAUUACUGUAAAUAUAUGUGUGUGUGUGUGUGUGUGUGUGUGUGUGUGUGUGUGUGUGUGUGUGUGUGUGUGUGAGAGAGAGAGAGAAAGAGAGAGAGAGAGAGAGAGAGAGAGAGAGAGAGAGAGAGAGAGAGAGAGAGAGAGAGAGAGAGAAACAUCAUCAGUAUGAGGUACAGCUGGAAUUGGGCUAGCUGAGCAGGCUUCUUCUGGCCACUUCCCAGGAUCCUUUGUUGCCACCCAGCCACCGUGGAGAGAAAGGGGGAAAUCUUAACAGGUUUGAAGCCUUUCCAUCAGGUCCUUCUGCAAGGGUUUAACCAGAAAGGGUUCCCCCAAAGCCCAGGCAGCUGGGCCUUGCUGUCCUGUCUCUCCUCUCUCAAGAGUCAGUACUGGACACAGGUGGAGGCUGGUGACUGCAAAUAUGCCAGUGUGUCACUGGAGUUGCAGUGAACUACAUCAGCAUGCACCUCUCGGGAAAACCUUCUAGGCUACAGGUUCAUGGGGCUCUGAGAAUCACUAUCUUGGCCUGCAAAGAAAAUCUAGCCAUCAAGGUGUAGGAACUGAGUUUGAUCUCCAGAACUCACGUUUAUAAAAAAAAAAAAAAAAAUCCAGGCAAGAUAGCAUACACUUGUCAUCCCAGUACUGUGGAAGCAGAGACAGGCAAAUCCCUAGGGCUGACUGAUCAGUCAGGCUAGCCAAGUUUCAAACUUCAGGCCAUCAAGUGACCCAGGUCAUAAAACAGUGUGUAUGACUCCUGAAGAACAAUACUGAAAGAUGACCUCUGUCCUCCAUACACAUUCAUAUUAUUUACCUCAACACACAUAAACACCCAUAUGCAUGUGCACACACACACACACACACACACACACACACACACACACACACACACA